AUGCAUUGGCGAACUCUUGCGAACCAUCGCCAGUUUUUCUCUUUUUCUUGGGCAUUGCGUCGGAAUCAGAUUCUGAACCGGAUUCUGCUUCGGAUUCUGCUUCGGAUUCUGCGUCGGAUUCUGAUUCAGACUCUGAGGCUUCUGACUCGCUGCCUGAGGCUUCGCUAUCGUCUUCGUCUACGUCGUCUUCGUCGUCCAAAUCAUCACUCGGUGAGUCCUGAGCCACUUCUGGCUCCUUCUCAGCUUUCUUAUUGUCUUUCUUGGGCUUCUGAGCCUUCACGGGCAAUCGAAUGCUCCCUUUUACUCCAGUCUUCUUCGCCAUAUUUUACUAAAUCUAUCGCAUCGCAUCCCAUCGCUUCAUCUCCCCGGCUUAUGUCAGCCGCGGUCUGCAUGUUGCACUUAUGUUUAUGUUUGGAGUUUGAUUCAGAUCUUACACACACACCAAAGAAGGUUGAAACCGCCAUGGAGGCAAACAAGGAGAACGAAAUUCCUUGCCUGGAAUUUCUGAGGCGAGAAAGUGGGUCAGAAAAACGACUCUAUCUGCAUUCUUUUUCAACAAACUCAAAAAUGGCUAAAUCCUUGCGCCAUUCAUAUUCGGUUAGUCCCGCUUCCGGCACCCGGAAUGGCGAUAGUUACCUGCAAGGAAUACUAGAUAAGCUUCAGGUAUCAAUUGAACAGAAAAGUAAUGAAAUAGAUCUGUUGGAGACGGCUAUCAUGACACUUAAGACCCAGCGCGCCAACCAAGAGUUUGAGAUAUUUAAGGUUGAAGACAAGCAAGCCCAUUUACAGAAGCAAUUCGAUGCUCUUGUGAGUCUGAUUGCUGAAUUGGAGCACCAUGAACGUGAUUCAUUGCAGGCGCUCAAUAACAAAUACCAGCUACAACGCAAACAGCAUAUUCAUAAGCACGAGGAGAGUUUGACAGAAUUGAAAGAGACAAUUACACUGGAAAUUGAAAAGGCAUUUGAUGAGAAUUUGGGACGUCUUGUGGAGGAGAUAUCAACCCUAAAAAAACGAAAGUCUCAAUUAGAGCAGGAUACUGUUUUGCAGGAUCAGGACUUAAACCGAAGGUUAAUUAAGCUCAAAGAAGAUCACAGCAAGAAACUCAUUGGCUUGAAUCAAAGCCUCGAUGAAAGCUUGAUUAUGCUAAAGAGUGCUAUCGAACAGGUUUCGGAAGAUAAGCGGACAAAAGAGCAGCAAUUACAAGCUCUUCUGAGUAGCCGUCAAUCCAACGAAAUAUCUGCCAAUAAUGAAUGCCACAAAACACUUCACAACUUGAAAUUAGAGUCAAGAAUAAAGGAAGAAGAGCUUCUGGCACUUAAAGCGGGAAUAGCGCUGCUGAACACAGAAUUGCAUGCCACUAACGAACUAGUGGCACAAAUGAAAAGAGAGAUAGACUCAUAUCGUGACAAGUCAGCCGACAUUCAUAGGCUGAUGGAACACAAGGAAGAAAUAAGAAGGAAGCUCCAUAACAAACUUCAAGAGUUGAAAGGAAACAUUCGAGUAUUUUGCCGUGUUCGUCCCACAUGUGGCGAGCUGAAGCCUCUCGCUAACAUUGAAAUUCCUGAUCUCCUGUUGGACGAUGACAGUCCAAACAUGCUGAUGAUUAUUCGCAAACCUGGAGAUGAAAAUUUUAGCAGCAAUAGUGUUCCUUAUCAAUUUCUGUUUGAUAAGAUUUUCUCUCCCACGCUGUCUAAUAGUGACGUUUUCAAAGAAAUUAGCCAACUAGUACAGUCGUCAUUGGAUGGGUAUAACGUAUGUGUAUUUGCAUAUGGCCAGACCGGUUCUGGUAAGACGUUCACUAUGGCUCAUGAGGCUGAUGGAAUGAUUCCACAAUCAUUAAAGAAGGUGUUUGAAGAUAUAAAGACUUUGGAAUCCCAAGACUGGCAGUAUGAACUUCAUGGCCAAUUCCUCGAGAUAUACAAUGAGGCAAUAUUUGACUUGUUGUCGCCUACAAAAGUUUCUCGUUCACCCUCCGAGAAUAAUCCAAAAAAGUAUGAGAUCAAACAUGAUGAUGUUAGCGGUACAACAUCAGUAACAAACUUGACUUCGGUCUCGAUCACAGGUGCUGAUCACGCAAUGAAGCUCUUGAGUUUAGCCAACAAGAACAGAAGCACGGCGUACACCAAGUCCAACGAACACUCAUCAAGAUCGCACUCAAUCUUUAUGCUUCAGUUACACGGUCGUAACAUCAAGACCAUGGAAUCUCGAUAUGGUACUUUGAAUCUAGUUGACUUAGCAGGCUCUGAGCGACUCUCCAAUUCUCAAGCCCAAGCAGAACGCCUCAAGGAAACACAAGCGAUCAACAAAUCACUCUCGAGUCUCGGUGACGUUAUUAGUGCGCUCAAACUGAGUCAGAAAGGAAAGCCACUGCAACACAUACCAUAUAGAAACUCGAAGCUAACUUACCUUCUCAAGAACAGCCUUGGGGGAGACUGCAAAACCCUUAUGUUUGUGAACAUUUCACCGUUUGCUACAAACGUUAAUGAAACGCUAAAUUCAUUAAGAUUCGCAUCAAAAGUGAACGCUACAAGCCAGCUGCGGAGUAAGUAG